AUGGACCCAACAGCCAAGACGCCUGAAUCCAUCAAAGUUGUGUUUCUGGGUCCAUUGGGUACCUAUUCUCAUCAGGCAGUGCUAAAACUCUCCGGAAAGGGUACCUUGCAGCUUGCGCCUCAAACAUCUAUCCGAGAGGUAGUGUUACAUGGCGCACAGGAUGCACGCUUAGGCCACACUGUGGUGGUGAUUUUGCCUAUUGAAAAUAGCACCCAAGGGAUUGUGCAUGAGGCACUGGAAAGCCUGACUAACUCCCAUCUUUUUUCCCAACACGGUCUAAGGAUUGUCGAUGAAAUUGAUUUGACCGUGGCGCAUGCCUUGAUUGUAAAGUCGAUCAUACCCAAUUCUUUCGAGUCGAUCAAGGAAGUUCACAGUCACGAACAAGCCUUGGGUCAGUGUGAGAAAUUUUUGAACAAAUAUCUGCCUCAUGCAUUGCGGAUUCCUUCACACUCAACGGCUGAGGCUGUAGCUAAACUGAACCAAAGCCCUCCUGGUAGAGUGGCUGCCAUUGCCUCUGAACUGUGUGCCGUAAUGUUCGGCAUGCCAGUUCUAGCGAAAAGCAUCCAGAUGACCCAAUCCAACUUUACUCGAUUCCUUGUAUGCACAAAUAACUUGGAGGAUGAACGCGUAGCUCGUAUACUUGAGCUGAACCGCGCCGCACUCUCGUUUCCUAAGAACCCGAUACACGCAGCGUAUCGCUUGAAAACAUUCACGUUGGAUGUCGGUGCUCAGAUUGCCUCUUUUACUGAUUCGCUGCGACGUGAUGUUCCAGCGCCAUGGUCAUUGUAUGGCGAAGUCUAUGUAUGCGAGCCUGAGGGACAUGAAACUUCGGACCGGUGGUUCUUGUUUGAGAUGCAUGCCACGCCUCAUGAGGCAAAGACAUAUCCUGCAGAGUCUGAUGUUCCCACGCAGGCAAUACACAGCGCACUAGGGCUUUCUGAAGAUGCUACGCUAGAAUGUCUGGGUGUCUGGCAAAUACCGUCUGUCGCACCUUGA